GUCUGUUCUUUUUCUCUCCUUUUUGGUUCCCACUUGUUUGAUUGCCUAUAAAUGAAAAUUUGGGGUAUGAAUUGUGUAUGUGUGUAGCACAGGACAGCACCAUAAGAGGCUCACAAUUAGAAGACAGACAACCAUGGCUGUCGAACAAGGCCUUGCCGAUGACUACACACAGGAUGGGACUGUGGAUCUCAAGGGCAACCCUGUUCGUCGCUCCAAGAGGGGUGGCUGGAAAGCUUGCUCCUUUAUUAUCGUGUAUGAAGUGUUCGAAAGGAUGGCGUUUUAUGGGAUAUCUUCGAACCUAGUGAUAUAUUUGACGGUUAGACUACAACAAGGCAUUGUUACGGCGUCUAACAAUGUCACAAACUGGGUUGGGGUUGUCUGGAUGACUCCUGUUUUGGGUGCUUAUAUUGCUGACGCCUAUCUGGGUCGCUUUUGGACCUUCAUGGCUGCUUCGGUUGUCUACUUAAUGGGAAUGUCCUUUCUAACAAUGGCCGUCUCAAUCCCGUCGCUAAAGCCGCCAUUGUGCCCCCAACCAACCGUCGGCCACUGCGACAAGCCCUCCGCGCUGCAGCUUGGGUUCUACUUUGGUGCACUCUACAUCUUAGCGGUCGGCACGGGAGGCACGAAGCCAAACAUCUCGACGAUCGGGGCGGACCAGUUCGACGACUUCCACCCGAAGGAGAAGCACCAAAAGAUAUCAUUUUUCAACUGGUGGAUGUUCGGCAUUUUCUUUGGCGGCUUUUUUGCCAACAUAAUCCUUGUUUACAUUCAAGAAAACAUUGGGUGGACGCUUGGUUAUGCCCUUCCAACGGCUGGCCUUGCCAUUUCUAUUGCUAUUUUUAUCGCCGGAACUCCAUUCUACCGCCACAAGGUUCCCGCCGGAAGUCCCUUUACUCGGAUGGUUAAGGUUUUUAUCGCCGCCAUCAAGAAGCGGAAACUGCCGCUGCCCAAGGAGGCUAAGGAGCUGUACGAGUUGGACUUGGAAGAGUAUACGAAGAAGAAGAAGUUUAGGAUGGAGGCCACUCCCACUUUGAGCUUCCUCAACAAAGCUUCGAUCCAAACUGGUUCAACCGAUUUAUGGCGGCUCUGCACAGUAACGGAAGUGGAAGAAACAAAGCAAAUGAUCCGAAUGAUCCCAAUUCUCAUCGCAACCAUUAUCCCGAGUAUCAUGUUGGCUCAAUCCAACACUCUUUUCAUAAAACAGGGCACCACUCUGGAUCGAAAAAUUGGCAAGUUCAGCAUCCCACCGGCGAGUUUGAACGCCUUCAUCACCAUUUCGCUACUCAUCAGCAUUGUAAUUUACGACCGAAUCUUUGUCAAGAUGAUGAGGAAAUUCACCAAGAACCCAAGAGGGAUCACUCUGCUACAACGAAUGGGAACUGGGAUCGUCGUCCAUGCCGUGAUCAUGUUUGUCAGCGCUUUGGUUGAGCGGCGGCGACUAGCGGCAGCGAGAGAGCACGGUGUUGUAGAGAGUGGCGGUCAAGUUCCGUUGAGUAUCUUCAUCUUGAUGCCGCAGUUUAUUCUCAUGGGGAUUGCCGAUGCCUUCGUAGAGGUCACAAAGAUUGAGUUCUUCUACGAUCAGGCACCAGAGAGUAUGAAGAGCAUCGGGGCAUCCUACUCGUCGACAUCAAUUGGGAUCGGGAAUUUCCUCAGUAGCGUACUUCUCAAAACAGUUUCCAACAUCACGAGCCGCAAUGGGAGAAAAGGGUGGAUCCUCAACAACCUGAACGAAUCCCAUCUCGACUACUACUACGGCCUUUUCACCGUUCUCAACUGCUUAAACUUCAUCUUCUUUCUCGUCGUUUCAAAGUAUUAUGUAUACAAAGCUGAACUUUCGGACUCCAUCAAAUUACUCACACAAGAAUUGGAGGAGAAGACACCAUCUAAUGAAUCAAACAACUCACAUUAACAUCUCCAAAAAAAACUGAAGUGGUUUGUAAAAGUUCAGAAAUCGAUGAACUUUAGAGGCUUUCGCCAUUGAAGAAGCUCGAAGCUUUUCUUUCGUCAACUUUGGAGAAAUGACCCGACGUUUCUUUGAUCACCUUCCACCUUCUACUUGUUUCAUUUAAAACUAAUAUAUAGUUUGUAUGUUGAG